AUGGCCUCUUUUAUCCUCUGCUUCGUCCUCGCUCUGCUGAGUCCGGCGUUCUCCCUCCAGCCACAUAAUAGUCCGCCCAAGACGACUUCUACGGCGGAUGCUGAACCAGGCCCUUCGCCAACAGAACCACCGUUGUUGGAAAAGAGAGCAGACUUUGACGAUGUCCCGCCGAAUAUCUGUGGCUGGUUCUCGGGCGCAGGCUAUGACACCAGAUGGUCUUACGACAAUCCCCAGAUAACUUGCUUCUGGAAUAGCGACUACAAGAUCCUUGGUAGACCGGAAGAUCAGGUCCCUGCUAUAACAACCUGUAUUGAGGAUGGAAACGCAGGUAUCUCAACUCUUCGAUGUUCAUCCGACACCCCAUACUGCCUCACCGUCAUAUACGAACCUGACUACUACGGCUGGUUCUGCACCGACACCCCCGACGUGACCUGGACCAUGGAACCAACAUGGAGCGGAAUGCAGAGCCCGAUCCUGUUUCCGAUAUACACCGGCUCGAAGGGCAUUUCCACAGGGACACAAUACCCACCGGGAUACCAAAACUCUCAGCGUACAAGUACCGUGGAUUCCGCGGGUGAGCCGUCGGAUACGGAUACUGGUACGGAUACUGGUUCUGAUACUGCAUCAUCUUCAGUACCAGUUGGUGCCAUCGUCGGCGGAGUCGUCGGCGGUCUUGCUGCAAUCGGUAUCUUUGCUUUCGCGGUGAUAUACCUACUUAUCCACUCGCGUCGAAAGCGAAGCAAUGCAGAGCAGCAAGGCCAAGGACCUGGGCAACCGCCAGAGAUCCAAAAGACCCAGCAGGGAUACGUGCAACCGGAUAUGCCUCCACCUUCAGAGGUCCACGGGCAAGGGGCCGCUCUGUCGCCAGGGCAGCCGGAACUCCCGUCUAAUACUAGACCGUCGCCCUUUUCACCAUAUGUUAACCAGGGUGGUUACCCGGGGACUGCAGCGCCUCCGCGAGGACAGUGGGCCGGGGAUGGAAGGAAUUUCGAGAUUGAUUCACAGCAGGUGGGGGAGUUGGAUGGGGCGAACUAUAUUUCAAGGCCGUCUGCGCGGUAA